AUGGCUACAGUGCAGCUUGACACCACCGAAUCCCGGGCAAAGCAUGGUCACAGUGCGGCGUACCGGGCGGACAUCCUCCGCCAGGCGUGGAACUGUCCAAACCCGAGCCCUCGCCCACUCCGCCGCCGGACACGUCCGGGCGGAGCCGGACGAGUCCAUCUCCUCCACCGCCGCCACGUGGCACGCCGCCGGCCUCCCACCGCCGCGGCCCGCAGGCCCGCCGAGCCCAGCCACCGCCGCCCUAACGCCCGACGCCUCCUCCGCGCCCGCGCUGCCUCGCCGGGCUCCGGCCGCGCUCACCGCCGCCGCGGCGCCGUCCGCCGGCCUGCCCCGCCGCCCGCCGACCCGCCGGCAGGCCCCGCCGCCGCCUCACCGCCUCCCCGCGCCGGCGCCGACCCCCGCCACCGCGGCCACCGCCGCCUCGGACCUGCCCCGCCGGCGGCCUCCCUCUCCCUCCUCUCUCCGGCGAAGGACGUCCGCGACGCCGGCGAGCACCUCUGCCCCGAGCUCGAGCUCUUCCCGAUCGAGAUCCAGAUCCACUGUAGCGGUUGA